AGUGUGGUUGUUGUAGUGUUUUUUAUAAUUCGUGAUGGCGGAAGAGCCUGUCUUUGCAGUUAUCAUCAUCAUUGCCCAUGGCGACCGGAUUCGUCCAAUCAUGUUAGCAGCGUUUGAUAAGAAGAUGACGGAGGGCGAUUAUGUUUAUUUCACACUUGAACUUUAUCUACGCAGUAAAUUUUACGGCAGCGUUACCUGGAAUACUGGAGACCGAGAUAAACGCGAUGCGGAUGCCCGUACCGCCUUUCGCUCCCUCUUCGUAUUAUCUCCGCGCAAUCCGGAUGCCACACCGAAUACCGCAAAGUUACGGAUGAAAUAA